UCUUUUUGGAUUUACUCUCAACAGUUCUCUGCCUAUAUACAAGCAUUUGUUUUCUUUCCACUCUUGCAAGUGUGUUGAGAGUUCUCUCUCUAACAUUAUCUCCACCCUGUGUUUCAGAGCUCCAAUAAUUCAUUUCCUUUUAUCUCCUAUUGGUGUGGACGAGAGAGCAGGGUAAAGGGUCCAAGUAAUCCAUCGGAAAUAUGGAGAUAACCAAUGUUACUGAGUAUCAAGCGAUUGCAAAGCAGAAAUUGCCAAAGAUGGUGUAUGACUACUAUGCAUCUGGGGCAGAGGAUGAAUGGACCCUUCAGGAGAACAGGAAUGCCUUCUCUAGAAUUCUGUUUCGACCACGAAUUCUUAUUGAUGUAAGCAAGAUUGACAUGACCACAUCUGUCCUGGGCUUUAAGAUUUCCAUGCCAAUCAUGAUUGCCCCGACAGCGUUCCAAAAGAUGGCUCACCCUGAAGGAGAGUAUGCAACAGCAAGAGCAGCUUCUGCAGCUGGCACAAUUAUGACACUAUCCUCAUGGGCUACUUCCAGUGUUGAGGAGGUUGCUUCAACUGGACCUGGCAUUCGCUUCUUCCAACUCUAUGUGUACAAAGACAGAAAGGUGGUUGCACAGCUUGUGAGAAGAGCUGAAAGGGCCGGUUUCAAAGCAAUUGCCCUCACUGUAGAUACACCAAGGCUUGGUCGCAGGGAGGCUGAUAUCAAGAACAGAUUUACUCUGCCACCGUUUUUGACUUUGAAGAAUUUUGAGGGCUUAGACCUUGGAACGAUGAACAAGACCGAUGACUCUGGACUUGCAUCAUAUGUUGCUGGCCAAAUUGACCGAUCACUUAGCUGGAAGGAUGUGAAGUGGCUCCAAACAAUCACCCAACUGCCAAUUCUAGUGAAGGGUGUAAUUACUGCUGAGGACGCUAGGCUAGCCGUACAAUAUGGAGCUGCCGGAAUUAUUGUAUCCAACCAUGGAGCUCGGCAGCUUGAUUAUGUACCUGCAACUAUUAUGGCUUUGGAAGAGGUUGUAAAAGGUGCACAAGGGCGAGUUCCGGUUUUUCUUGAUGGUGGAGUCCGGCGUGGAACAGACGUCUUCAAAGCAUUGGCCCUCGGUGCAUCUGGAAUAUUUAUUGGAAGGCCAGUGGUGUUCUCAUUGGCUGCUGAAGGUGAGGCAGGAGUUCGUAAAGUCCUUCAGAUGCUUCGAGAUGAAUUUGAGCUGACAAUGGCACUAAGUGGUUGCCGCUCGCUCAAGGAGAUAACCCGUGAUCACAUUAUGACUGAUUGGGACCAUCCUCGUGCUGUUGCCAGGUUGUGAGCCCUGAUGCUAUUGCUAUGAUUCGCUUUGCAUUGAAAUUUGAAACUGAAUAUGAAAGCUUUAAUAGUCUGUAACUCUUGUAUGCUGUUAAACAUUACUCAACUUAUAUUCGACGGACAUGGACGGAUACAUAUAUAUUGGGAAGAAUUUAAGCCUGUGUAAUGAAAGGAACAUUAUUUGGCCACACCUACUUGGUCUC